AUGAGCUCAGCCACCCUCACCUUCCUUAGCAUCACGCGCCUGACAAUCAAGCUCGAUGGCACGCCUUUGACCCUGCUGGAGCUUGGCAUCAAUGGUUUGGCCAAAUUUGAGAAGUCCAUUGUCUCGGCCCAGUUGGACAAGAUCGGUGGCACCAUCGACUUCAACCCGCUGAAGGCCAACGGCAAUGUUUUUUCGCCCAACCUUUUCAAAGAGCUCGAAAUUAACUUCUUCGACGCCCCCGAGUUUAUCGAGGGCACUUCUGCCCAGCUUCUCGACCUCUUAGGACAGUCCCGCCUCGCCGCCGCCGACAACGGCAACUUCUACCUCGCCAACAAUGCCAACCCGGUCCUCGCUGCCCCUGAAACCAGCUCAUACUCUGAAAGCUCCACCACUUACAAGGACGAGCAGUCCCACUUCUUCCACUACUUCCCCGACACCAUGAGCACCUACGACGUCUCCCGUCUACGCGUCGCGGGUUUCCUCGACACCCCGCUCACCGCGCACAUAGUGACCCUGCUCUCUGUCAAGAACCACCCUCCAGAGCUCCGUGCACGUCGCCGCCGACACCAACGGCGAUUACUUCCUGCUGGCCUGGUGAGGUAUCCCCCGGCGGGGAGGGGGGAAAGGAGGAGGGGCAAGAUCUUCCUGGUCAGGGACUUCACCAAUGGACUGGACAAGCUCAAGAGCGCCGAUGCCCAGUAG